AAAGUUUAUUAGAAAGAAAAAAAAAACAAUGGCUAGAGAUAAUUCUCAACAAUUGAUCAUAUUUCUUGUCCUUGGUAUCAUUUCAACCUUAGCUUUCUUAGUCCAAACCUCCAAUGCAGGUGGCAUAGCCAUCUACUGGGGCCAAGCAAGUAAUGAAGAAACCCUUAUGGCUACUUGCAAGUCAGGAAGGUACAAAUAUGUCAUGAUAUCCUUUCUCAACAAGUUUGGCAACGGCCAAAACCCGCAGCUUAACCUUGCUAGCCACUGCAACCCCGUGGGAGGUGGUUGCAGGGUCGCUAGCAAAGGUAUAAAAGCUUGUCAAAAGAAAGGAAUCAAAGUGUUCCUUUCCAUUGGUGGCGGCAUUGGAAAGUACACUCUAACUUCCAAAGCCGACGCCAAAAAAGUAGCUGACUACUUAUGGCACAACUUCUUAGGUGGCAAGUCAAGCUCUCGUCCCUUGGGCGACGCGGUUUUGGAUGGAAUUGAUUUUGACAUCGAGCUCGGAAACCCUAAUUACUACGACGAUCUAGCUAGGUUUUUGAAAGGUCGUAGUACAAGUAAAAGGCCUGUUUUGUUAAGUGCUGCUCCUCAGUGCAUAUAUCCUGAUAGGUUUGUUGGUGAGGCUCUUAAGGCUGUGAGUUUUGACUAUGUUUGGGUUCAGUUUUACAACAAUGGUCCUUGCCAGUAUGAUUCCAAAACUGACUCUGUUAAGAAGCUUCUUAAGUCUUGGGAGGAAUGGAACAAAAACUUAACUAAGGCCAAGAAGAUCUUUAUGGGGUUGCCGGCGGCCAGAAAGGCAGCCGGGAAAGUUGGAGGGUACAUUCCGGCGAGUGAACUGAAGUCAAGGGUUCUUCCAAAGAUUAAGAAGUCCAAAAAGUAUGGAGGUGUGAUGCUUUGGAACAAGUUUUGGGAUGUUCAGAAUAAAUAUAGUAAUGCCAUUGUCCGAAGUGUUUAAUUUACUAUAACUAAAGGUGUGAAAUAAUAA